AUGGCAGCACCUGUGAGUUUCGUCAACGCCGCUGAAGAUAGGUGCGUUGUCAUGAGUCAGAUGGGGUUUGUGGACCUCAUGGUGGCCGAUGCUCAUAUCGCUGACCAUACCCCACAGAAACACAGUGCCACCAGCGCCAAGACAAGCUGCUCGCAAAAUCCCACAAACUCUCCAAUCCGGCCCAAACUUGAGCGUAGGUAUGCCACCACUACGGUUCCGCUAUUCCACAACGCGGUUCUGCUUCCACUCACGGAUGGUGUGCUUCAAGGCUAUCCGCUCUAUGUGGAAGCCUCCGGCCACCCGAAUGGCUGCACGCGGACGUUUGCUCGGGUUAAGGACCAGCUCCUCGAGGUCGACAUUACUGGUACGUUCAGGCGUCGCACUAUCGCCCAUGGAGAUGGUAGCAAGCAACGUCGGUGUGGGAAGUGGAAUUGGCGAGGCACUGUGCGUCAGUACUGCGAAAAGGAUAGCUUGGUGCCUGGAAUCAGCUGUUGCAAAAGCGUAUCCCGUACUGACCACGUGCCAUGUAUACCGCCGAACGUUGUGCAUCCACAGCCAUCUCUCUCCAUCCAUCUCCUUCCGCGAUGUAUGCCCACACGCCUCGCCGUACGGCACAAGCUGGACAGUUACCCUUCUAUGUUUUCGCGAAUGGAGACUCCUCGAGCUUAUGUAGGUUCCACUGCAGACGCCGGUAUGGAGCGUAGGACUGGAGGACAGACUGGGUUUUCAAUUUUGAAGGGUGAGUCUCAGAGGUUGGUCGAAAUGAACGCUGGUCGUUCUUUCGGUGACUUCGUUGUUGCCCGACGGGCUCUGACCAAUAUGGAGGCGGCGCGUACCGCGGUGGCUGGGAUUGGAGUCGCGAUUCCUAUGAUGCCUACUAAUGUGGAUGAGCCGCAUGUAAACCGGAAACCAGCCCACAGGUUUGCACCUCCAAACUUCUCUCGCCCGCUUUCUACACAGGCUAGCAGGGCCACUCCGUAUAAACCAGCGCAUAAGGGGGAGUUUGGUAGCCAAAAGCCGAGGCACUCGACCAAACGUCCUCCCAAUCCCUCUCGCAAGGUUCGGCCAGCUCGCCCAGGACUGUAUCGAAGCAAUGCGGUCCGAUACAAGCGGCGUGAGUCGGAGGAACCAACAAGGGCCCAGGUCGCACCGUCCUCGACAGCUUCUAACGCGAUGUUUGCUUCUGAAGUCUUUGUUCCGAAGCCUCUCCUUCGUCGCCACGGCCGGAUGUUCGACCCGGGUGGGUAG